AUGACACAUCAACUCAACCUUCCACCUCAAUUGAGCGAAGUUGCCGCCUUUCGUACCGUUCUUGCUCCUUCCUUGGCUGGUAUUGAUCUUAAGCAUCACCACGUCAAGAACACCAACCGGACGGCACCCAAGUCGGACAACGUCUACCAGCUUUUGUUGGUUAAGUUGUACCGCUUCUUGGCUCGCCGUACCGAUGCCAACUUCAACAAGGUUGUGUUGAAGCGUCUCUUUAUGUCGCGUAUGAACCGUCCUUCCGUCACUGUGUCGCGUUUGGUCAAGACUGCCCAGGAAGGCAAGACCACCGUUGUUGUCGGUACUGUCACUGACGACUCGCGUCUUCUUGAGGUCCCCAAGCUUUCGGUUGCUGCUCUCAAGUUCUCCAAGACUGCCAAGGCCCGCAUCUUGAAGGCUGGUGGUGAAGUCUUGACUUUGGAUCAGUUGGCUCUUCGUGCCCCUACUGGCUCCAACACCGUCUUGAUCCGUGGUGCCAAGAACAGCCGUGAGUCUGUCAAGCACUUUGGUAUGGGCCCCCACAAGAACAAGAAGCCCUUCGUCCGCUCCAAGGGUCGCAAGUUCGAGCGUGCUCGUGGCAAGCGUCAGAGCCGUGGUUUCAAGGUUUAA